CCAUCAUGCACAGGGCAGGCCCCUCUCAUCUCGUUGGUGUCUGAAGCGCUGAGUGUGGAAAGAUGGCGGCGGAGCGACAGGCUGGUACCGGGACGGAGGAAAAUAAGGAGAAUGAGCGGCCGCCGGCGGCGGGGAAGGCGGGACGCCUGGGAGACACUCUGGGUCUGGAGAUCCUUCAGAUUAUUAAGGAAUCGCAGCAGCAGCAUGGCAUGCGACAUGGAGACUUCCAGAGAUACAGAGGCUAUUGCUCUCGUCGCUUGAGACGUCUAAGGAAAACACUAAAUUUUAAGAUGGGAAACAGACACAAAUUCACAGGAAAGAAAAUCACUGUGGAGAUGCUGUCUGAUAACAGAUAUCUGCUAAUCAUCUUGAUGGAUGCGGAGAGAGCCUGGAGCUAUGCAAUGCAACUUAAAAUGGAGGCCAACACAGAGCCUCGCAAGCGCUUUCAUCUGCUGUCCCGACUGCGGAAAGCUGUCAAACAUGGCGAGGAGCUGGAAAGACUCUGUGAUAGUGAUCGAGUGGAUGCAAAGACAAAGUUGGAGGCUCAGGCAUACAGCGCCUAUCUCAAUGGCAUGCUGCAUUUUGAGCAACAGCAAUGGGAUGAAGCAAUGAAAGCCUUCAACAAAUGCAAAACCAUCUAUGAAAAGCUGGCCAGUGCUUUCACUGAGGAGCUAUCUGUACUGUACAAUCAAAGAGUGGAUGAAAUCUCACCCAACAUACGUUAUUGUGCUUACAAUAUUGGGGAUAAGACGGCCAUGGACGAGUUAAUGCAAAUGAGACUUCGUACUGGAGGUGCAGAAGGCAUGUUGGCUGAAAAGCUGGAGGCCCUGAUCAGCCAGACAAGGGCAAAACAGGCAGCUACCAUGAGUGAGGUGGAAUGGCGAGGGCGCACUAUUCCAGUUAAAAUUGAUAAAGUGAGGAUUUUCCUUCUUGGGCUAUCAGAUACUGAAGCUGCAAUUGCUCAGGCUGAAGAUGAGGAGACCAAAGAACGAUUGUUUGAAUCUGUGCUGAGUGAGUGUAGAGAUGCUAUACAGGGAGUACGAGAGGAGCUUCGAUCUGAACAGAGACAUAGAGAUGCUGUUAUUGAUGGUGAAACUGGCAAAGUCUCUACCCUACAGUACUUGCACAGCUACUUAUCCUACAUCAAGCUGUCCACAGCCAUCCACCGUAAUGAGAGCAUGGCAAGCGCUCUACAGAAGGCCCUACUCCGCCAGCCACAGGCUGAAGAAGAUGGCAAAAGGAACCCACGACCACAGGACCUUAUCAGGCUUUAUGAUAUCAUCUUGCAGAAUCUUGCUGAGCUGACCCAGUUGCCUGGUUUGGAGGAAGACCAAAGUUUCCAGAAGGAGAUUGCACUGAAGACUCUGGUGUACAAAGCAUACAGGUGCUUCUUUAUUGCUCAAUCCUAUGUUCUGGUGAAGAAGUGGAGUGAAGCCCUAGUUCUCUAUGAUCGGGUGCUAAAGUAUGCAAAAGAAGUCCAGACUGGUUCAUCUAAGGACAGUCUGAAGGAUUUACCUGAUGUGCUGGAACUCAUAAAACAGGUGAAUGCAGAGAAGUACUCCAUGCAGGCAGCUGCCAUACUAGACUCCACCGACAUCACAGAAGAGGUCUCUCCCUCUCAGACAAAAGAUAACAAGCCUCUCUCGGAUCGUCUGGAUAACUUCUGCUUUGACUCCUCUCUGGUGACCAAACAUGCCCGUCUGGUGCAGUUCCCUCCAGACUUCCAUCCAGUCCCUUGUAAACCUCUGUUCUUUGACUUGGCCUUAAAUCAUGUAACGCUGCCUUCUCUGGAGGAUAAGCUGGAGCAGAAGGCAAAGAGUGGAUUGACUGGAUACAUCAAAGGCAUCUUUGGCUUCCGAAGUUAAUACAUCGCUAAUAAAGAAUUACCGGUUGAUGCUGCUCUACAUUUCUCCAUCAUUCUGCCCCCAUUUGCCACAGACUGUGCAGUGAUGCAUUCUGCGCUAGUGUUACCACCACUCACUUUCUAUAUAGAUCAAUAAAAUCUUUAAUUUAUUGGGAGGAAUUUAUCCCCCAUUUAUUUUCUUUCACUGGGAAAGUGACCACUUUUCUUUCUUGGAGUGUUUUUGCAGAUCUGCACAUGGGUCAGUUGGGAGUUCCAUAAUGGUUUUUCACUGUAUCGGAGGUGAAUACAGUCCCAUAAAUUCAAAACAAAAUUGUAAUUUUAGUUAAUCUCCCAUCAAAUUUGCGGAGGCUUUUACCGAUUUACCCCAUUGCUUUUACUGUUUUUUUUUCCCCCAUGUGUAACAUGAAAUUUAAUAACACGGCUUGGCUUUUCAUCUGUUUUAAUGGGAGGGAUUAAAGUGGACCAAAACUGAAAUGUUAACUCCAGCCCAUGUUUACAGUCUUGGCAUAUUAAAAAAAAUGCUGAAAUGCUUGCCUGCCUUAGAGAAAAUGCUGCUGUAGAAACUCAGAAGCACUAGAAAGAUGGCUAAAAGCCAAGGUAUAAGGUUACCUGAUCUCUGCUGAAGAAAUUAGUAAGAAUCAUGUACAGUCUCUACUCCAAGGCUUCUCUUCAACACAAAUCACAUUUACAUCCAUUUCAGAAAGAUGGUUGACGACAUACAUUGGCUUUAUGUCACCAUUAACGCAUAGGUCUACUUUAACCCCUUUCUUAUCUGUGCAAGCAAAAAUACUUAUUAGAAGAACCCUCCUAUUCUGUUAAUUUUUAUUAUUUUUGAAAAAUAAAAUGCAUUUGUUUGGGGACCUA